AUAUAUUUUCUUAUUGUGAAUUUUCUUUAGAAUGAUCUUGGUUGAAUUGAUCUGUAUGAAUUUGUUCUCUUGUCUAGGUUUUAAGAGUUAUGAAUGAUAAGAAUCUUUUCUCCUUGUGUUUUAUUUUAUCAUUCGACUGGUGCAACUAAUUUUUCGGGCUUUUUUUUAAGUUUUGUAAUGCCCAUUAUUCCUGAAGCUGGUUUUGAGAUUUCCGACGAGAACUCUGUGACUUCACCUUUUCCGGUUAACAGGGUAAUAUACUUCCAAUCGUGUUCGUACGUCUUUCAUUUUUAGUUAAAGAUAUGCUUUCAGAUUUUGUGCACUCUAAAAAAAAUUAAGUUAUGCAUAUGAUGUGUUGUCAUGUUGAUGUUACGUUGUAUUGUAGAAACGUAAAAAAAUGAAUAAAUCACGUGGUUCAACUGCUGAUAAAUGGAGCGAUGAAGAAACAUCAAUCCUUAUAAGUGUCCUGCAUGAUGAUGCGAGGAAGUCCGGAUUUAAAGGUUAUGCCAUCAGUGGUCCACGAUUGAUAGAAGUUAGGAAUGAGUUUUUUGAGAAAAUUGGAAAUCGAGAUAAGUUUGAUGAUGAGCAAAUUAAGUCAAAGAUUCAACGAUUAAGGAAAGACACAAAAACCUUCAAGGAUCUCCUUAGUUCUUGCUCUGGAUAUGGAUGGGACCCUACAACUAAUACAAUUACAUGUCCAUCUGAUAUUUGGUCGGAGCAUGUAGCGCAAAAGAAAAAGAAGAAAAUAUAUAUUUCCAAGUACAGAUACUAUGGUCUUAAAGAUUAUGACACACUGGAUGAAAUUUUUGGAAACUCAUUUGCUACAGGGGACCAUGUCAUGUAUAGUACAAAUCCUAAUCUUCCACCAAAGUCAAAUGAAGUUAUUGUUGAGGAGCAUAAACUUUCUGAUGGUGAUGAUGAGCCUGUUGCUACUGAAAACACAUGUCUUCCUAUGUCUCAGAAUACUGGUAGUGGUUCUGCUAGUGUAAAGAGAACUUUAGAACCUUCUGAGGGUGGAACAUCUAUGCGUCGUAAAAAAGGUCGUGCUACAACUUUGAACCACUCCCACGAUUACUUUAGAGAACAGUUGGAGUGGAAAAGAAACAAAGCAGAAGCAAAAGAAAAAAGGAAGCAUGAAGAGGAACAAGCACGAGCAACAAAAGAAAGUGAAAUUGAUGUCUACUGUGAGGCAGCUGUUACCGCCCACUUACAAUUUAUCUUGGAAAAACAUGAUUUAGUUAACAAAAGUUUUUCACCAGCAGUGCCUUACUUGCUUAACCCCAGCUUUCGCAAGAUAUUCGUUCAUAUGACUGAAAAAAAUCAAGUUCAAUGGUUUAAAGACUUGCAAAAAGAUUAAGCCAAUCGUUAUUUU